AUGUCUUCCACGCCCUUACCCCAAGUGCAUCUCUCAGUGGCUGACUGGUUGUGCCUAUAUCACCUCUCUCAGGCUCAUGUCCCCCGCCGUCAGCACACCGAUUCAGAGGCAGAGGCUGACUUGCGUGGACACAAAGGAGGAAGCCUCAGAUCAAUCUCAAAAGCUGUUGUCAUUGUUCUUAGGGGAAUUCGAGGACGAGAUGCGCAGCUGUCCACGGGGUUCUACUCGAGCUCGUGCCCGGGCGCGCUGGGCGCAGUCACGUCGGUGGUGCAGUCGGCCGUGGCAAACGAGCCGCGCAUGGGCGCAUCCAUCCACCGCCUCAUCUUCCACGACUGCUUCGUCCAGGGCUGCGACGGGUCGCUGCUCCUGGACGACACUGCGAGCUUCCAGGGGAGAAGAUGGCGACGCCCAACAACGGGUCGAAACGGAGGGAGUAUCAAGGAGUUCGCUCUCCGCCGCCUCCCGAAGCUAGGCCGAUGGUUCUGCACGGACGCCGAGGCCGCCGAUCAGGCCGUCGCCAGCAACGGCUUGCAGACGUUCGCCCUCGGCCUGAACAAGCGGCUCGCUGACGACGCCGGCAGGAGCGGCAACCUCGUCUUCUCCCCGCUGUCCGUAUACGCGGCGCUCUCCCUGGUGGCCGCGGGCGCCCGCGACCGCACCCUCGACGAGCUGCUCGGGGUCCUCGGCGCGCCGUCGCGGGACUUCCUCGCCGGCCACGUCCGCGCGCUCACCGAGCAGGUCCUCGCCGACCGGUCCAAGACCGGCGGCCCGCGCGUCAGCUUCGCGUGCGGCGUCUGGCACGACCGGACCGUGCCCCUCCGCCCUGCCUACCGCCGUGAUGCCGCCGAGUCCUUCAAGGCCGUCGCCCGCGCCGUUAACUUCCGCCAAAAGCCGGAGGAGGCAAGGGAGCAGAUCAACGCAUGGGUGGCGGCGUCGACCAACGGCCUCAUCCCCUCCAUCCUCAGCCGGGGAGCACUGUCAAACCACACCGACCUGGUGUUGGCUAACGCCAUCUACUUCAAGGGCAAGUGGGCGGAGCCAUUCAACAAGCAUCUCACAAAGGACGGCAAGUUCCACCGCCUCGACGGCACCGCCGUCGACGCUCCCUUCAUGCGCGGCCUCAGCAUGCACAGCAUCGCCUGCCACAAUGGCUUCAAGGUGCUCCAGCUCCGUUACGAGCAAGGCCACCCCAUGCUGCCUGCUCUAGCUCCGACGCCGCCGCCCAUCUACUCGAUGUGCGUCUUCCUGCCCGACGCUCGCGACGGGCUAUGGCGGCUCACCGACAAGAUCACAUGCAACCCCGACUUUCUGCGCCAGCACCUGCCGAGGAGCGACGUCCUGGUCGACGACUUCCGGCUGCCCAAAUUCAAGGUCACCUUCGGCCUAACGCUGAACGACGUUCUCCGGGAGAUGGGGGUCAAGGAGGCGUUCGAGAUGGGGAAGGCCGACCUGUCAGACAUGACGGAGGACGGCGCAAGGAGGAAGCCGGCGCUGGAGCAGGUGAUCCACAGGGCUGUCAUCGAGGUGAAUGAGGAAGGCACAGAGGCGGCGGCCGCCACUUGCAUGAUGUGUCUUAUGUGCUCACCGAACCCGCCGCCGCCUCCACCGUCUGUGGACUUCGUGGCUGACCAUCCAUUUGCCUUCUUCAUCGUCGAGGAGGUGUCAGGCGCGAUUUUGUUUGCCGGACACGUCCUUGACCCCACCAUCAACUGA